AUGGCUGCGCCUGCCGCGCACAGAACAGCAAAGCUGCGGCCGAGCGCCACCGCCGGCUCCGCGCGCGCGCAGGGGGCGCCGCCACCGAACUGCGCACGCGUGACAGGCCCCUCGCAUUGGCACAAGCUGUAUCCCAUUGCCCAGGGAGACCGCCAGUCCCCCAUCAACAUCGUCUCCAGCCAGGCUGUAUACUCGCCCGGCCUGCAGCCACUGGAGCUCUCCUACGAGGCCUGCACAUCCCUCAGUAUUGCCAACAAUGGCCACUCUGUCCAGGUGGACUUCAAUGACAGCGACGACCGAACCGUGGUGACGGGGGGCCCCCUGGAAGGGCCCUACCGCCUCAAGCAGUUCCACUUCCACUGGGGCAAGAGGCGCGAUGCAGGCUCGGAGCACACCGUGGACGGCAAGUCGUUCCCCAGCGAGCUGCACUUGGUGCACUGGAACGCCAGGAAGUACAGCACUUUUGGGGAGGCAGCCUCAGCCCCGGAUGGCCUCGCUGUGGUUGGUGUUUUCUUGGAGACGGGGAACGAGCACCCCAGCAUGAACCGCCUGACAGAUGCGCUCUACAUGGUUCGGUUCAAGGGCACCAAGGCCCAGUUCAGUUGCUUCAACCCCAAGUGCCUCCUGCCCUCCAGCCGGCACUACUGGACCUACCCGGGCUCCCUGACCACACCCCCACUCAGUGAGAGUGUCACCUGGAUCGUGCUCCGGGAGCCCAUCAGCAUCUCUGAGAGGCAGAUGGAGAAGUUCCGGAGCCUCCUUUUUACCUCGGAGGACGAUGAGAGGGUCCACAUGGUGAACAACUUCCGGCCGCCACAGCCACUCAGGGGCCGUGUGGUCAAGGCCUCCUUCCGGGCCUGAGCUGCCCACCCGCCCUGCCGGCCACGAGGCCACCAUCUUCCCAAGGGCUUCCACAUCAGCAGACACCAAACCACGCGAGUCUCCCUGCUUGGGGAGUGCCGUGGACUCCGUCCGCCAGCCCGGGAGCCUUCCGGGUGGGCCCCUCCAGACGGGGGGAGGGGGGGCCCCUCAGCUGCCCCGGGGACCGGAAGGACAGGAGCUGAACAGGGCCCAAGUCCGGGGCUACCUCUGCUCUCCAAGACCCCAAGGCCCCCGGCAAGCUCCUCUUGUCCUCCGCGCUGGUGGUGGCAGCAGCCCCAGCCCGAGCCCACACUGUGACACACGAGACCGAGCGCCCUGAGGCGGGCAGCGGGCACUGCCAGACUCAAGCAAUAACCAGAGGCGGGCAGAGCUGCCCUCUCGCCAUUACCUCUUCUGCAGGCCUCCGCCACGCACGCACCUCACUGCCGGGCCAUUGUAGUCAGCACCCCGCCUGCCGGAGGCGAGGUGGCCUUCUCUCUCCAGGCACCUGCUGGCACAGGCAGCCCUGGCUACAGCUUAUGUACUAUCGCCCCUCAUCCCCACCCAGCCACCAAAGCCACUGACCUGACCAUCCAUCCAUGAAUUCAUCAAUAAAUUCCUAGA